GGUGUCGGGAGCGCGCCGGGCUCUCGGCAUGUUUUCAGUGUUAAAAGUUGGUGUCAGCGCAGGAGCAGAAACAUGUCCGCUGUAACGCCGCCUGUAAGUGACCAGCCUGUUUAUCACCGACGGGACUUGGAAGAGCUACCGACAGAGAGCCGAAGACGGCCGGCUCCUCAGCCUGUCCAGGGUGGAGGGCACCACCAGAGGCACCGGAUCUAUAUGUCAGGGAAGGCUGACACCACCAGAUGUGCUCCUCUAGUCUGCAGCUGUCCUGCUCAGGAGGUACCUGCUGACUUCAGAAGAAGCUGCCACACAUGUGAAGCAGACUGCAGUCUGUCUGCAGCAGGUCAGCUGGCACCUGAGCCUGUUCUGCAUAUCAGUGUGUCCAACAGGUUGUUGUCAGUCAGACCCGCCCACAACCUCAAACUGAUCCCCUCACACGAUGGCCCCAUGUGGAUGACCCCACUGCCAGAGAGCCUCAGCUGGAUGACUGUGAGCGAAUGGGGACUCUGUUUGGUAUGCUCAACAAGUGUCUGCGGGGAGUGGGCUUCACCCAGAUGUACUUUGGGGACAAAAUAGUGGAGCCCAUAGUGAUCAUCUUCUUCUGGCUGCUGCUCUGGUUCCUGGGCAUCCAGGCCUUAGGACUGGUGGGCACUCUGUGCAUCAUCAUCAUCUACAUCCAGAAAUGAUGCUCAUUCAAGCAGAGCCUGCUGUUUUCUGAAACU